AUGAGCCUUUCAUCUUUGUCCUUAUUUCCCGCGACACAAGCGCAGAUAAUUGAAUCAAGGCGUCGAACGUUUAAAGAAUGGGGAAGAUCUAUGACUGAGGAGGAAUAUUUGCGUCGGGACGCCGAAAUGGAUAACGACGAGCAUGCAUUCAAUAGAAAACUGAUAACUUGGGUAUUAUGUUCGCGAGAAGACCCCGAAUCACUCGAAUUUAAAUGUUCUUGCGAAACCUUUCGACGCAAGGGCCUAGUCCUGCGAAGAAAUAGCGAACAGCCAAAUAAUGACAUGCCAGAGGAAGUAACUUGUUAUGCAAUUGCGUCGGUGUUUGCACCAGAACGGUUUCGACACCGAGGGUACGCGAAACAUAUGAUGCGCCUGCUACACUGGGUAUUAGCUCUCAGUUCGUCUUUGCCAUCCACAUUCCCGGAAGCAUGGGGCUUCCCCCCGGAGAGACCUAUUUGGUUGGCAUAUGGUCAUUUUUCAGCUUUGUGGAGUGAUGUCGGCCAUUUCUAUCAGUCCUGCGGUCCUACGACUAGUGAUUCUGAAGGUUGGGUGGUAAGAGACGCGAUUUCUACCGUAUGGGAUCUCAAAGCUGGCGACAUGGAUGUCGAGGAUGUCUCAGUGUCCGGUCGGGGGUUGCAAUGGCUCAGUGCAGGUGACGUAGAAACGUUGCAUUCUGUUGAUGACCAGAGAAUCAUGGUAGACAUGGCGGCCAUGUCGCUGCAUUCGAACCCUGGGGAGACCGUGUUAUUCUCGUUUUUGCCAGGACAAGGUGUUGAAACAUUCCAAAGAAGAAGACUGGAGCAUGUCUGGAGAAAGUUCAAACCUUCGGUGGAAUACUGGGGCGUCGUCCGUGAGUCCAAAUGUCCCACAGAGCCCGGUGCGACCACUGCGACACUCGACAAGCAGACUUCAAUAGCGACGUGGACUUUCGAUUUGAAACCUCCGACCCUGUUCGUUACUCGUCUGCGGGCAAACAAAGAAACCUUUGUGGAUCUUGUGUCGGCGUUGAAGUUCGUUGCCAGAAAACACGGGAUGGAGAAAAUAGAAAUAUGGAAUCUACCGGAAGCGCACAAGAAAAUAGCACAGGACUACGGUGCUGUACAUAUGGAACGAGGAGAGCAUCUUCCAGCGUUCAAGUGGAAUGGAGCAGAGUCCCCGAGCAACGUUGUAUGGCUGAAUAAUGAAAAGUUCUGCUGGUGCUGA